CACUUUAUGUUGGUGUUUCCUUUAUUUUGUCAGUUACCUGUAUUCUACUGAAUGUUCAAAUGUGUAAUAUUGUCGACUGUCAGCAAUCCCUACAUUGUGGCGUUGUUGUUGAUCCUAUAUUGUGUUUUCCUCAUCUCUCUAGAACUUCCUGAAAAGCAAGAGCAGCUACAUGCCAUCUACAAAGUGUUGGAACAGCUCCCCACCGCAUGCUUCAACACCUUGGAAAGACUUUUCUUCCAUCUAGUCAAAGUGUCUAAAGACGAGUCUCACAAUCGCAUGUCUCCCAACUCCCUGGCCAUCGUGUUUGCCCCCUGCAUCCUCCGCUGCCCAGACAGCGCCGACCCACUCAUGAGCAUGAAGGACGUGGCCAAGACCACCACGUGUGUGGAGAUGUUGAUCAACGAGCAGAUCAGACGCUACAAUGAGAAGUUAGAGGAGAUAGAACAGCUGGAGCAUGCUGAGGCUCUGGCCGUCAACCAGCUCAAACUCAAGAGACAGAACACGCUGCACUGGCAUUUGUCCCUCAGGUUUUCUGCUCCUUACAAAGGAGUGGUGGUACGUAUCCACGUUGCUCUGGUCCUCCUGGUAGCUAGAUGCGGUUUGUCUUAACCAACCGUCUGUGCAUGACUUGUAGUAGUCGAUGACCCGCCCCCCAUCCCUCUCUCCUCUUCAUACUAAUUGAUGGUAUACAGUGCUGCAGUGGUCUCCCAACUAUGUUUCUGGAGAGCAACUGGGCAUGCAGGCUUUUG